GCUCGGAGAGCUCGUCAAAGAACGACAUUUCCCACGGUGCCUCUGUUACUCCCGAGGAACUACGUGCAGCUUGACUUGACGCACGACUGAUACAACUUGUGAUCAUGUUUUGAGUAAGUACACAACUAUCGACGGACUCUACACACCGGGAACCAAACAAACAGUAGUUUCUCCUCCAAAUGGCCACCAUUGUCUUCUGCUCAGUAAACAAAACGGCUCAGACUACCGCGAGACGAUGUUUGACGUCACAUUUAAAGAAGCUCUCUAGUGCAGGAGAGUCACGUCCGCCGUCUACCUGCAUUCACGGAAACCCAGUGGCUUCCCUUCUGGGUACAAGAUGGUUUUCCAGAGGCUGCAGCGUGCGCUUCAUGUCCCGAGGGACUGCAGGCAGGUCUGCAAGCGGGCGAACCAGAAGGGCAGCCCUGGCGCUCAGUGGAGCCGCAGCAGUGACCGCAGCAGCGGCAGUCGCGGGUUUUUUAGCCAACGCCAACCACUUCCAGCGUGCUGAAAUGGCAACGAAGGUAUCCCAAGCCGCUGAGGAGAGUGAGCAAGAGGGGGAAAUCUUGGAGAGAUGCAUGGGGUUCAUGUCUCUUCCGGUGACCAACGUCGGUGUGCUGGAGGAGAGGAAAGAGGAGAUGCGUACGAGGAUGGAGAUGCUGAUCAUGGAGACGCAGGCCGACUUCUGCAAAGCCCUGCAGGUGGUGGACGGCGGGACGUUCAAAGUGGACCGGUGGCAGAGAAAUGAAGGUGGCGGAGGAAUCAGCUGUGUGAUGCAAGAUGGAAAGGUGUUUGAGAAAGCAGGAGUGAAUGUGUCAGUGGUGUUUGGAAACCUGACCGAGGAGGCUGCCAGGCAGAUGAAGAGCAGAGGGAAAGUCCUCAAAGGGAAAGAUGGUAAGCUGCCAUUUUGUGCCAUGGGUGUGAGCUCUGUCAUCCACCCUAAGAAUCCCCACAUCCCCACAGUGCACUUCAACUACAGAUACUUUGAGAUCGAAGAGGAAGAUGGCACUAAGCAGUGGUGGUUUGGUGGAGGCACAGACCUCACUCCGGUUUAUGUUAAUAAAGAAGAUGCCUUUCACUUCCACAACACCCUGAAGGAGGCCUGCGACAAGCACCACCUGCAGUACUACCCCGACUUUAAGAAAUGGUGCGACCGAUACUUCUACGUCCGUCACAGAGGAGAGACUCGGGGUAUAGGAGGGAUCUUCUUCGAUGACCUGGACUCCCCGAGUCAGGAGGAAGCGUUCAACUUCGUCAAGAGCUGCUCCCGCACUGUUGUGCCCUGUUACCUGCCCAUUGUAUACAAGCACCUCAAUGACUCCUUCACUGACGAGGAGAAGGACUGGCAGCAGGUACGACGAGGAAGAUAUGUGGAGUUCAACCUGGUGUACGACCGAGGAGUGAAGUUUGGCCUGGCCACGCCUGGCUCCAGAAUUGAAAGCAUUCUAAUGUCCCUCCCCCUCACUGCCAAGUGGGAGUACAUGCAUGAGCCUGCCAAAGGUACCCUUGAGGCCGAGAUGCUGGAGGUUUUACGAAACCCCAAGGAGUGGGUGUAACCACAGUGUUCACAGGGUUAAAAUGGACAAAACCUCCAGGAAAUCGUCUUUGUUGUGUUUUUAUAAUUGUGUGACCUGUUUGAUUAGUUCAGCUGGAGAACUGUUUACCAAUAUAAUAUUAAUAUGCUAAAUCUGCAAUGGUACUUUUCUCUCUUCCCAGUCAGCCUUGAUGACACUUAAUCACAUUGCAUUACCACUAGUGGUACCAGGUGGUAAUUGUACCUGCUUUAAGGUCAUCUCACAUUGAAUAUGUGCUUCUUUAAGAAGUGUUUGUGUCAAACAUGAGCUGUAUUUUUUUUGUUAUAUGCCUGUGCUCAAUGUGGCUUGCUCUACUUUUAGCUCUGGAGCUCUACUCCCCUUGAACAAAGCACUGGAAGGGAAAGUAGGGGGAACUGACCUAAUGAGCAUAAAUGUGUGUGCCACCACUGGGAUUACAUUUUAAUAAAUCUUUUUUUUUAAUGUUUCAGUGCAUCUGCUCACAAUUUUGUAUUUUUCUUGACAAUCAAAGCUAAAUAAUAACAGACUAGUAAUGCACUGCUCCCUCUUGAGCCCCAUUUACUUUGUUGUUCUCUUUUUGAUGAUGAGUCACCUCAUUUGUUUGAGCAGAAGUAAGACAAUAGCUGGAUGAUGGAGCAUGUUCCACAGAGAGGUCAGAAGUGAGUCACAGCUAGUGUGGUUCACUGAAGAGACGAAUGUAAAUGGAUUUUAAAAUGUAAAAAUAAUUUAUGGCUUUCAAUUAUAAUAAAUAGUUUGUUCUGUUAC